CCCUGACUGGCUGUGCCUGCCUCUCCCUCCUCGCCAACGCCCAUGCCACAGUCACCGACUCGGUGGCGCCUGCCUCUCCCUCCUCGCCAACGCACACGCCACGGUCACCAACUCAAUCCUUUCAGCCAACCAGGGCACCAGCGAGGGGGGAGCAGCGCGUGUCAGCGGCAGCGCGCACCUCUCCCUCCUCUCCUCCUCCAUCCUCCAAAACACCGCAGCCUGGGGCGGCGCCGUCUGGGUGGAAAUGGGCGCUUCUUUGCUCAUCUCAAACAACUCAAAGCUGGAAGGGAACGAGGCGAGGUAUUUGGGCGGGACGGUGUAUGCGACGCACGUGUCCCGGGUGGAAGUGCAAGGCGGGAGUGUGUUUCGGGGAAACUCGGCCCUGCAUGGAGGUGCUAUGGUUGUAGAGGCAGAGGCGAGAGUCACAGCAGCCGAUUCUACGUUUGAAAACAACACCUUUUCAGGGAUUUUAUUCCAAGGGUUUUCCCAGGGGGUUCUGCGGAACUGUAGCUUCAUGCGGAAUUCCAACGCGGCUGGGCGGGGUGGCGCGGUGCUGGUUGGAGACAAGACGACCGUCGCCGUCCACUCUUGCAGCUUUUCCGGGAACUGGGCGGCGCUGGGCGGCGCGGUGAGCACCGAAGGCAGCCCGUACCUCACAAUCAACGGCUCAGAUUUCACGAGGAACAUCGCGCAGAUCGGCGCAGGGGUUGCCCUAGCAGGCGCCACCGCUUUCACCAUGGGAGAGUCUGUGUUUACUAAGAAUAAUGCGACUAAGGCGGGAGGGGGAGUGGCUGUACUGGAGCAGGUGGAGGGGGAGAUCUCAGGGUCGAGAUUUGAGGGGAACUAUGCGGUGGUGGGCGGUGCAGGGGUGUACUUGAUGCGAUCUGCUGCUGCUACUGCUGCAGCAGCAGGUGGUAAUAGGCCUCCUAGGGUUGGUGCUUCUGCAUCUGCUCCUGGUCGAGCUAAGAGUGCCAGAGGGCGGAUCGCGCUGGCCAGUAGUAGCAGAGACAGCAGCACCGGCGGCAGCAGCAGUAGCAGCAGCAGAGGCAGUGGUGUAGGGGCAGCAACAUCUGCUGCUGCUUUUACCCCAAAUGGCACCUCCACCAGUAGCACCUCCUCCUCUUCCUCGUUCUCCACCAAUCAGGUGCGACUGCAAGGCCUGCUGUUUGACGGCAACAGUGCCAUGGACGCCCAUGGAGUGGCCUUCUUCGAUGCUUCCUACAGCCCCCACCUGCGCUCCGCCUGCCAGGCCUGCCAGAUGGUGCAGCAGGGGGACACGGAAGGCAGCAUGCCGGCGGACUUUUAUCUCAAGCCAGCCUGUAACCCUCCUACCUCCUCCCCCCUCCCAUUUCACCUUUUGAUACGUGCAAUGCUUCUCGCCGUGCCGCCCUCUCAACCCUCUUCCAGAUGGCCUGGGGCGGCAAUGUCGUCGCAGGAGACAGGUGGCAGCUUCUCAGUGGUGGGCUCGGUGGGCUCCAUGCUGACGGGGCUGCAGGUGGUGGUGGUGGACGAGUUUGGGAACAUCGUGUCCAAGGACAACUCCGCUUUGGCCCGAGUCUCCCCUGACAGCCGCAUCAGUGGUUCCCUACGGGGCACCUCUCAGGGCGGCAUCAUCACAGUGCCGCCCAUUGCCGUCCGCGUGCCCCCGGGCGGCGCGCUACAGCCGAUAGCUCUCACCGUCACAGUCUCCUCCACCACCAACGCCUUCCCGGACUUCUCCCACCCCUUCAACAUUUCCUUCUGCCCGGCCGGGCAGUAUUUUGACGGCGAAAGCUUCAGCUGCCAGGACUGCCCCGUGGGCCACUGGUGUGCACCAGGCCAGGGCAUGGAAACGUGUCCAGACGGCACCUUCACUUUCUUCCCCAACGCAGUGUCACAGGAGCAGUGCACGGCGUGUGACGACGACAGCUUGGACUGCCGCUAUGGCACGCUGGAGAUCUCAUACCAGAACUGGCUGGACCCAGCGUCUCUCAACUCCACGCCCACCACCUAUGCGUGCCUGCUCACUGAGGGAUGCUCUGGCACCACCUACACGGGCCCCAACACCACGCAGUGUGCCUUAGCAAUUGACAUGAAGGCAAAACCUGCUGCAAGUGCACACCCACUUGAUCUCGCUCAUCCCCCUCUGCUCCUCACCCGCUGCUCCUCACCCGCUGCUCCUCACCCGCUGCUCCUCACCCGCUGCUCCUCACCCGCUGCUCCUCACCCGCUGCUCCUCACCCGCUGCUCCUCACCCGCUGCUCCUCACCCGCUGCUCCUCACCCGCUGCUCCUCACCCGCUGCUCCUCACCCACUGCUCUUCACCCGCUGCUCCUCACCUGCUGCUCCUCACCUGCUGCUCCUCGCCCGCUGCUACUCACCCGCUGCUCCUCACCCGCUGCUCCCCACCUGCUGCUCCUCACACGUGGACAACGCAUACCUGCUGCUGCAGUUGUGCAUUUCGACUAGCACAGCACUGCUAGUGGUGUGGGUGGCAAUGAACAUGCUGGCAGACACCUUUGCAGCCAUGGACAUCUUUCCCAGCGAGGUGCAGCUGCUCCUUCUCUCAACUCCUCUCCCCUUCUGCCCUCUCAUCCCCCUUGCACCCUCAUCCCCCUUGCACCCUCAUCCCCCUUGCACCCUCAUCCCCCUUUGCAGCCACGGACAUCUCUCUCCUUGCACCAGCUGUUUCUCAACCCUCCCACCCUUCUCCCUCUCCCUCCCAACCCCAGGUGUUCCCCCUACUGUUCAUCAUAAUUCUCAUCGUGUGGGAGGCAAUGAACAUGCAGGUAGACACCUUUGCAGCCAUGGACAUCUUUCCCACCGAGGUGCAGCUGCUCCUUCUCUCAACCCCUCUCCCCUUCUGCCCUCCCAUUUCCCUCUCUCUCCCACCUCCCUCUCCCUCUUCCCCCACUCUCCUCUCCCUCUUCCCCCCCAGGUGUUCCCCCUUCUGUUCAUCAUAAUUCUCAUCGUGUGGGUGACGAUGAACAUGCUGGCAGACACCUUUGCAGCCAUGGACAUUUUCCUUAUUGAGGUGCAGCUGCUCGCCAUGGUCGCCAACUUCAACCUCAACUUCCCCGCCUCCUGGGUCAAGACCGUCGUGCUGCUAUACAACAUCGCUGCGUUUGAUCCCGUGAGUUUUCCUGCCGUUGUCACUGUGAGUGGCUCUCAAAGAUGGGUCAAGACUGUCGACAUCAUCGGGCCAGAGUGCGUGUUCUCCCUGCAGUUCACGGGCAAAUUCUACGCCACCCUUCUCAUCCCCGUUAUAGGCCUCCUCAUUUACGCGCUCGUGUUUGCGCACCACCGCUGGCUGGGCGGCUCAUUCUUCGUGCGCGUGCACUCGUGGCAGCGCAAGGAGCGCCAGCGGCAGCGCCUGGCGCUGCAGCGCUCUGUAACGAAGCGGCGGGCUUAUAACGAGUAUGAGAACUCGAUCGUGCACGCGUCGCUCAAGUGGCUCGACAUUUGCUACACGUCUGUGAUGGUCAAAGUGCUGGAAGUCUUCAAGUCCCAGGACAUCGGCACAGCUACAGUGAUGGCAGCAGCACCGCAGAUUGAGUGGCUGUCAUCAGCCCACGUGGGUAUGCUGGUUACCGCAGUGCUGGUUACGGUGGUGUACCUGGUGGGGCUGCCUCUGCUGUUCGCUGGGGUGUUGGUGGAUGCUCAUACGUGCGAUGUGCUCUCCUCUACGCUCUUCAAGCAGCGCUUUGGCUGGCUCACCGAGCGCUUCCGACCCAAAUUCUGGUGGUGGCACCUGACAAACAUAGGCAUGAGGGUGCUGCACGGAUGUAUCCUCGUGUUCCUGCAACAAGAAACCGAGUCACAAGUGAUCAUAAUCUUGUUAGUUCAGGCCCUCCGCAUAGCCACGCACUACAAGACCGCCCCGCUCGCCUCGCUCUCCCUCGAGUACCUGCAGGCCUUCCUCACGCUCGGCCAGUUCUUCUUCACGCUCUCCCUCCUCUCCUACAACUACCUCUCCCUCUCCCUCUUCUCCCAAAUCCUCUUCGGCUUUUCUGCCGCCUUCAUCCUUAUCCCCGCUACAACGCUCCUCGUUUACGACGCGAUAAACAACCAUUUGGAGCUCGCGAACGCGCGCAUGCUACAGCGCGUGUGGCGCGCGGAACGCAAGCGACAAAAAGCCCGAUUCGAUAAAAUGGACCCAUAUGAUUUAGUCCCAGCGCAGGAGAUCUGCUCCUGGUUCCGACCACACAUCAUCUUCGCGACCCUCCUUUCCAAACGCACCGAGGAACGCACGUUGCUGCUCCGAGUUCGGGACCGGUUCGAGACGUGCCGAUUGGUCGGUUUGGCGCCCAUGGAUUGGCUGAAUCAUUUGAAGAAGCCGCAGCUUUAUGCGGUGCUGGCGCAGGCGCUGCUGGGAGCGAGCACGGGGCAUGUGACUGUAGCGAGGGUGCCUAAAGACGGGUGGUUCUGUAGGGAGCAUGGUGUGUGGCAUGCGGCUGGGGAGGAUUGUGAGGGAAGGGAGGGGUUUGGAGGUGUUUCGGGUGGUGGAGGGGGUGGUUCGGGGGGUGGUGAGGGGUUGGGAGGUGUGGAGAGGGAGGGGGGAGAGGGAAGUGUUGGGAGGGGUGGGUUGGGUCCUCAGGCGGGAGAAGGGGUGGAGAACGGUGGCAGUGGGGUUGAGAGAGGUGGGGAGGAGAGGAGAAACGGUCAGCUCUCCGGGUUAAGCGGGCAACAGAGAGAAGAUUCUUCAGGUGAAACUCAGGUGAAUGGUCAGGUGGACACGCAGCAGCCGCUGCUGCAGCAGACAGGAAGGAACACGUGGCAUGAGCUGGAUGAGGCUGACGUGUGGCCACCUCAGCUGGAGAGCCACGUCAGCUGGGCAUCUGCCAGCGUGGCUGCUGCUCCGUCAGCAGGAAGGGGGGGAAGAGGGAGAGGCCUGGGCGGAGCAGGACGGGAGGGAAUGGGAGGAAUGGGAGGGGGAGUGGGCGGGGGAGGGGUGUGGGGAGUGAGAGGAGGAGGGGGAGACGGAUUAGGAGACUUUGACACGGCGAGUGUUGGGAGUGACAGCAGCAUUGAGAGUGGCAGCACGCACGGCAGCGGCGGAGGGGUGACCCUCAGAAGCAUGGGUGGGGGAGGAGGGGCCUUGGGAAGUGGCGUUGGGGGUGCUGAUGCCUUUGCUGCUGCUGCUAGUAGGGCAGGACUGGGGCUCCGUGUUGGGCUAGUAGCAGCAGCAGGAGCAGGGGGGUUAGGCGGAGCAGGGGGGUUAGGAGGAGGUGGAGUAGCAGCAGGAGGGCCGGUGAUGCGAAGGACACCGUCGAUUCGAGUGCAGAACCUGGUGUCGUGGGAAGAGACCCCCCAUGAAGGCCUGCCGGAGCACGGGGCUGGGGGUGCUGCAGGGAUGGGAGAUGGAGCAGCGGCAGCGGGUGGGGCAGGGGAAGAGGCGGUGGAAGGAGCUGGGGCAGCAGCAGCUGUGGGGGGAGGGGCAGGGACGGAGGCAGGAGCAGGUGGAGGAGGAGAGAACGGAGGAGGAGGCGGAGGGGGAGGGGGUGGGGUGAACCCAGAGGCUGCUGGAAGGAGGCAGCGGAUGGGAGGGUGGUGGGGAAGGGGAGCGCGAGUGAGUGAGAGGGGAGGAGGUACGGGUGCUGGUGCAGGUGCGGGGGAGGCAGGAACUGGAAUGGGGGAAGCCGGGCAGCAGCAGCAGCAGCAGCAGCAGCAGCCCCCACAACAGCAGCAAUACCAGCAGCAGCCGGAGCAGAGGGAGCGAGCGGGUGGCGGUGGGGAGGAGUGUGUGGAAGCGAGGAUGAACAUGGGCGCGCUGAGCCUGGCGUUUCAGAAGCACCUGGCGCUGCUGGUGCGCGCUGAGAGGACCCGCAGCAGCGAGGCCCUGCGCCUGCUCGUGUGCUCCGAGGCCGUGCCCUCCAUCCUUAGCUGGCUCACCAGCGCUGAGAGCACACGGGAGGAUCAGAUGCUGCUGAGGCAGCUGCUGAUGGCAGUGCGGGUGGCGGCAAGUGAGGAGGCGGGGGGGCUGGACUGGUGGAGUGGCGUCAAGUGCUUCUACUCCAAACGAGUCACCUUCAAACGGGACAAAGCAGCCCCUGUGGCUUCGGCUCCCACUCCCACCCCCGCACCUACCACCAUUGAACUCGCUCCGGUUACCACCUAG